GGCAGGGAAGGCAUCUUAGUUUGGUUUUUCUCAAGCCCUGGCACCGUGAUCUGCAGAGAGAAAAAUAAUCAAUAAUAAAAGACAGUUGAACAAAAGACGGACUCAAUCAAUCAAAUACUGGACUCUGCCCUUACGGACCUCGAGGCUAUUAGAGCAGAUAUAAUGUCAUAAAUCACCUUAAUAUGAAUUGGAUGCUAGGCAAGGUUAUUAGUAGGGCAGGCAAAGAACUGUGGUAAUUCAGAGGCACCAGAGUGUGUGGUGUAGAGUUGGUCAAGCAAGACCUACUGAAGGGGAUGGCUUUUGAGCUGUCUUUUUUUUUUUUUUAAUUUAAGUUUUAUUUUAUAUUGGAAUAUAGUUGGUUUACAAUGUGGUGUUAGUUUCAGGUACACAGCAAAGUGACUCAGUUAUACACAUACAUAUAUCCAUUCUUUUUCAGAUUCUUUUCCCAUAUAGGUUAUUACAGAAUACUGAGUAGAUUUCCCUGUGCUAUAUAGGAGGUCCUUGUUGGUUAUCUAUUUUAUAUAUAGUAGUGUGUAUAGGUUAAUCCCAAACUCCUAAUUUAUCCCUCCCCUCCACCUUCCCCUUUGGUAACCAUAAAAUUGUUUUCUAAGUCUGUGAGUCUGUUUCUGUUUUGUAAAUAAGUUCAUUUGUAUCAUUUUGUUUAGAUUCCACAUUUAAGUGAUAUCAAAUAUUUGUCUUUCUCUGUCUGACUUACAUCACUUACUAUGAUAUUCUCCAGGUCUAUCCAUGUCGCUGCAAAUGGCAUUAUUUUAUUCCUUUUUAAUGGCUGAGUAAUAUUCCAUUGUAUAUAAUGUACCACAUCUUUUUUACCCAUCCCUCUGUCGAUGGACGUUUAGGUUGCUUCCAUGUCUUGGCUAUUGAAAAUAGUUGCUGCAAUGAACAUUGGGGUACAUAUAUAUUUUCAAAUUAUAGUUUUCUCCAGAUAUAUGCCCAGGAGUGGGAUUGCUGGGUCAUAUGGUAGUUCUAUUUUUAGUUUUCUAAGGAACCUCCAUAUUGUUCUCUGUAGUGGUUGUAUGAGCUGAGUCUUUAAUAAUAGAUGGGAUUUAGACAGAGGAGAUAGUAAAACUGUUUAACAUGUUAGUGGGUGCACAAAUACUAAUCUAUCAGAGUGGAAACUUCAUGGAGCAUUCAAGUGGGGUCCUGGAGCCCCUGCUAUGCCAAGCAUUACUUCUUUAGAUAAGAGUUCAUAAGGUCAGGAUGGUCCCUAGGGAGGAGUGGGGUAGCAGGAGCACCCUGGAGUUAGGGGCUAGUUACAAACAGGAUUAUAAAUACUUCAAUAUAUUUAAUUAACCUAUGCAACCAUACUGGUGCAUGUACCUACUAAAUGUUAGCCCCAGAUAAGAAACUCCUGAAAUGGCCUUACUCUCUUUGGUUUGUCAAAGCCAUAGAGACCUUACUAGAAUGUGAGCUACAGAACAGCAGAGGCUGUUCUCCAGUUCCAUGCUGCAUCCCUAGGGUCUAGAACAGUGCCUGGAGGAUUGGAGGAGGCUCACCAAACGUUAAGUGAAUAGGCAGACUGGGAACCCCAAACCUAUUCUUGGGGUCUUCUCACUCAUCUCCUUGCACCUACUCUCCCCCUCCAAUCUGUGCUCCACACCACCCCUCAACAUAACCUAGUAUGAGAUUUGAAUUCUGUCGUUCUCCUGCUCAAAAUAUUUGGUGCCUCUCUUUUGCCCAGAAUGCCAUUUUCUCCAUUUUUUUUAACCCAAUUGAACUGCUACUUCUUUACGCCCUGGUCAAAUUUUGCCUACUUCUGUAUUAUUUUCUGAGGCAGAAUUCAUCUCUCUCGCCCAAAUAUUAUGAUAGUUUUUGCCUUCACUCACCAGACAGCGAGCUCCUCAGAACAGGGACUGUGUCUUAUUAAUUUCCAUCCCUCUAGUUCAUUAGCCCAAUGCCUGACAUUUGGUAAAUGCUAAAUAAAGAGAAGAGUGAAAGGCAUUUCCAGCAGUGAGAACUAGAUGAACAAAGGUGGCCAAAGGUUUGGGUAAAAAAUGAAUAGUUUAAUUUGGCUAGGAUAUGAGGGAGAGUAGUAGGAGAUAAGAUGGAAAAGUCUCUUUGGUCAGAUUUUGAAGGGACUUGGAAGUCAACUACACGGAGAAGAUGGGCAGAUAGAAGGUAUCUUGCUAGAGUGUGGGAAGCCAAUGAAGGGUUUUGAGCAGAGAUGUAAUAUGAUGAAUAAUACAUUUAGUUCAAACCUAUAAGAGACUCUCAUAAAUAUAUGCAGUUUUCCAUUCAUACUCAAAUUCACCUCUCACCUACCCAUGCAUCCCCCCUCCCACCCCCAGACUCCUCCAGCAGCUUGCUCUACCCCUUUACCUGCUCCCUGGCUGGGCCAGGGAUGUAUAUAUGGGCUGCUUCCCCUCUCAGCCAGAGGACCUGGGGGCCCCAGCUGCCUGGGCUGGGAAGCAGGCCAGAGUUAGCUGAGGUUGGCUGGUGAGCAGCCGGGCGGUGCCAGGGAGAACCUGUGUAGUGCCAGGUGGUGCCUUGGGUUCCAGGCUGAGCCCAUGGCUCUGAUAACCUUCUGCCUGGCACAUACCUGCCCCUCACUCCACCCCAUUCCCGCUUUGCUAUCGGGGAGGGGGCACAGGGCCAGACAGAUCCACAGGACUUUGGCUCCAUCUCUACAAAAGGGCCUUCUGUGAGUCAGCCUGCUCCCCUCCAGGCUUGCUCCUCCCCCCCAGCUCCUGUUUCCGAUGCACGUACUGCCCGUACACACUGUGUCCCAGGACACCCCACAGUCAGCUGCAUGGCUCCCCUGUGCCCCAGCCCCUGGCUCCCUCUAUUGAUCCCAGCCCCUGCUGCAGGCCCUGCAGUGCAAUUGCUGCUGUUACUGCUCCUCCUGGUGCCUGCCCAUCCCCAGAGCCUGCUCUGGAUGCAGGGGGCUCCCACCAUAGGAGGAGAUUCAUUUGGGGAAGAUGAUUCACUGGGUGAGGAGGACCUAUCCAGUGAAGACGAAAUACCUGGAGAGGAGGACCCACCUGGAGAGGAGGACCCACCUGGAGAAGAGGACCCACUUGGAGAGGAGGAUCCACCUGGAAUGAAGACUGAACCAAGAGAAGAGGAUUCUCUGAAGUUAGAGGAUCUACCUACUAUUGAGACUCCCAGGGAUACUCAAGGCCCCCAGAAUAAUGCCCACAGAGACAAAAAAGGAGAUGACCACAGUCAUUGGCGCUAUGGAGGUGCUCCGCCAUGGCCCCAGGUGUCCCCAGCCUGCGCUGGCCGCUUUCAGUCCCCAGUAGAUAUCCGUCCGGAGCUCACCGCGUUUUGCCCCGCCCUGCGACCCCUGGAACUCCUUGGCUUUGAGCUCCCGCCACAACCAGCACUGCGCCUGCGCAACAAUGGCCACACCGUGCAGCUGAGUCUGCCUCCUGGGCUGGAGAUGGCCCUGGGUCCCGGGCAGGAGUACCGCGCCCUGCAGCUGCAUCUGCACUGGGGUGCUGCGGGGCGCCCGGGCUCGGAGCACACGGUUGGCGGCCACCGUUUCCCUGCCGAGAUCCAUGUGGUUCACCUCAGCACUGCAUUUGCCAAAGUUGACGAGGCCUUGGGGCGCCCGGGGGGCUUGGCCGUGUUGGCCGCCUUUCUGCAGGAAGGCCCAGAAGAAAACAGCGCCUACGAACAGUUGCUGUCACAUUUGGGAGAAGUCGCCGAGGAAGACUCUGAGACUUGGGUCCCAGGACUGGAUGUAUCUGCACUGCUGCCCUCUGACCUCAGCCGCUACUUCCGAUAUGAGGGGUCUCUCACCACACCCCCUUGUGCCCAGGGGGUCAUCUGGACUGUGUUCAACCAGACAGUAAAGCUGAGUGCUAAGCAGCUCCACACCCUCUCUGACUCCUUGUGGGGACCUGACGACUCUCGGCUAGAGCUGAACUUCCGAGCUACACAGCCUUUGAAUGGGCGCAUAAUUGAGGCCUCCUUCCCUGCUGGAGGAGACAGCAGCCCUGGGACCACUGAGCCAGUCCACCGGAAUGCCUGUCUCGCUGCUGGCGACAUCCUGGCCCUGAUCUUUGGCCUUCUCUUUGCUAUUACGGGCAUCGCCUUCCUUGUGCAGAUGAGAAGGCAGCAGAGACACCCAAGUGGAACCAAAGGGAGUGUCAGCUACCACCCAGCAGAUGUCACGGAGACUGUUGCCUAGAGGCCUGCAGCUUGGAGAAUGUGCAGAGAAGCCGGCCAGAGGAAUCUGAGGGGGAGCUGGAGGCUUUGUCCUGCCCAUUACACUACUUCCUUUUAAACCUCUAAAGAUAUUUUUUAAGAUAAAUAUUUCUAAUAAAAUCAGUGGAAGCCAUAUCCUUGUUCCCCAAA